AUGUCUUUCAUUCGAGCUUCAUUUACCGUCAUCCAAGCCGUCGUGCACCAAGCUGCUCUGACUUGCCCAAACCCUACCCCCAAAAAAGGUCGCUACCACACGGAAGCGCAUUUCAUUCUCCAGGUAGCGCCUCUUAUAUUCUGGAUCCACUCGGUGGUGCUAUGGGCUUUGGCUGCGUUCGAGACACUUGCCUACCUCUGUUCCUUAGUUCCAGCGAGUCCGCCCUAUGUAUCAACGCUCGUCUGUCCCGCCUCUACGCUACAUUCACUCGAACACCCCCCGACCCCGCUUUUCCUCAUCGGCUUCACCUCCAUCCUCUGCGGAGCCCUCAUACGCAUUGACUGCUUCUACGCACUCGGCGAACUUUUCACGUUCGACCUGACAAUCCACCCCGAGCACAGGCUCAUCAUGUCACGCUCUUACGCGCACGUACGCCACCCAGCGUACGCGGGGUCAAUGCUGCUCGUGAUGGGGAUCAGCAUUGCGCAUUUCACGCGCGGGAGCUGGGCGGUGGAAUGUGCAUUUGGAACGGGGUGGGGAAGGGUGGUGAUGUAUCCGCUGUGGGGUUUAUGGUGGUUGUGGACAUUAUCUGUGGGUAUAAGCCGUGCCAAGGCGGAGGAUCGGCAGAUGAAUGUGCUGUUUGGGGAGCAGUGGGUGAAGUACGCGGAAGAGGUUCAGUGGUGGUUCUUUCCUUGUUUGCUUUAG